CUAGGGUGUGUUCAUUAAGCUGUUGGCUUGUGAAAUAGACAUACUGUACAUAUUGUGUCUGGAAUCAUCAGCCAGUUAGAUAGGAUGGAAAUCAGGCCGUUGCUCAUGUGCUUUGCCCUCUGCGUGGUCUAUGCCACCAGUAAACCCACCGAGAAAAAGGAACGCAUUCACCACGAUGCAUCUCUCAGCAGCCGCGAGCACGACGAUGCUCAGGGCUUCGACUACGACCACGAUGCCUUCCUGGGACAAAAGGAGGCCAAGUCUUUUGACGACCUCAGCCCAGAGGAGAGCAAGCGCAGGCUAGGUGUGAUUGUAGAGAAGAUUGAUGGUGACAGUGAUGGUUUUGUCACUGAGGUGGAGCUGAAAGCUUGGAUUAAGAAGGCUCAGAAGAAGUACAUCUAUGAGAACGUGGACCGCCAAUGGAAGGACUUUGAUGUCAACAAUGACGGCAUGAUCUCCUGGGAGGAAUACAGGAACGUAACUUAUGGUACCUAUCUGGAUGACCCGGAACCAGAUGAUGGUAACAACUACCAGCACAUGAUGGCGAGGGACGAGAGGCGUUUCAAAAUGGCCGAUCAGAACGGAGACCAGAUCGCCAACAAAGAGGAGUUCACCGCCUUCCUACACCCAGAGGAGUACGACCACAUGAAGGACAUAGUGGUGCUGGAAACCAUGGAGGACAUUGAUAAGAAUGGUGAUGGUUUCAUUGACCUGAAUGAAUACAUAGGUGACAUGUACAACCAUGAAGAUGAGAUGGAGGAGCCAGACUGGGUUGCGACGGAGCGUGAGCAGUUCUCCGAGUUCCGGGACAAGAACAAAGACGGGAAGAUGGAUCGGGAGGAGACUAUGGACUGGAUCCUUCCUUCAGACUACGACCACGCAGAGGCCGAGGCCAAACACCUCGUCUACGAGUCUGACUCAAACAAGGAUGGAAAGCUCAGCAAGGAAGAAAUCCUGAACAAGUACGACCUGUUUGUAGGAAGUCAAGCAACUGACUUUGGCGAGGCGCUAGUACGGCAUGAUGAGUUUUAGAUGAUUUAGUCCUAGCUAGAUAAAACCGUUUUAAACUUGAUUUGAUAAAUGAUAGAAUUUAUUUUGUACCAAACCUAUUCAUACACUACAUUGUCUCCAAUUAGUUUGUGGUGGAUAGCACACAAUAGUUGUGUGUGUUUAUAGCCACUGACUUCCCAACACUUCAUUUUGUUGUUCUGUUACAUACAGUGGGGGAAAAAAGUAUUUAGUCAGCCACCAAUUGUGCAAGUUCUCCCACUAAAAAAUAUGA